CUUUAGAACAAGAUCCAAAAAAUCGUCCGGCGAUAUCAGAAAUUUUCAAUACGCUUCACAAAGACCACGAAAGAACACAGCUACAACAAAGUGGUUCGCAAUCAUCACCGAUUGAAAUUUUAUCUGACAAUGAUGAACUAGAUAUUACUGAGACUAAUCCUCAAUAUAUUAUGAGUGUUCAAGAUGCAAUUAUUGAACAUAAAAGAGGAAAUAAGAAGGAAGCUUGGAAAUGUUUUUCCUAUCACGCAGAAAACGGAGAUAUGCACGCAAAGUUUUGGGUCGGCUAUUAUCUUUAUCAUUCCGAAAUUGAUGAACUCAAAUAUAACAUGGAAGAUAAUCUUAUAAAGGCAGCUCAACUAUUUAAGGAAGCCGCAGAUGAUGGAAAGGCAGAAGCCCAGCUUAGAUAUGGGACUUGUCUUUGGCUAGGAAAGGGCGUAAAAAUUAACUACAAUGAGGCAAUUAAAUAUCUAACAUUAGCAGCAGAUAAUGGAAAUGUAAAUGCCAUGUAUAAUGUUGGGAGUGCUUAUUAUAGUGGCAAAGGG